AUGCAGCUCUUACAGAAUUUCGAAAGUGUGUUCGCGGCUAUGACGCAAUUCCGAAUGUUAGUAUUGUCCUCGACUUCAUAUCAUAAGAGAGUUAGUCACACUGUAUUGAUGAUAACCAUGUGCUCACCACCACCCCAUUCCACACCUCCCGGAGAUCCGCUGGGUGUUAAUUUUGGAAUUAUGAACCAGAUAUCCGUAUCGUCACUAAGUUCACAUGAUAACGACAAUAUGGAUAACGUACUACAAUCCCAAUCACCCGGUUUGGAAUUGGCAAUUGGUGAGAUCACAGUCGCAUCGGCUGUUGCAAGUGAAAAAGCUCGUGUACGACAACAAUCAGCAAUGCUCGAUAAAUGGUUAAUGGCUAAUGGAGGAAAUCUCUAUCCGUGUCGCGAAGACAAAGAAAAAUUAGCAGCGUUGAUGAAAAUGACCUAUUUACAAGCCGUUCCAUCACCAGUCAGUGUCACACCUGCCAGUUUUAGUCAGGAUCAUAGUUCACGACCGAAUACACCGGCAUCGAAAGAGAAUGUAAUGACACAACUACCAUCAGAUGUAAUCUCGGCAUUUGCACAAGCGUUUGCGGCUCAGCAACCUGAAACUGACGAGAAGAUGGUCGUUCAGCAACAGCAGCAACAUCAACAUCUGCAGCAAAAUCAUACUCAACCUCAACAACGAGAACACGCAAUCACGCCGCCAGCAAUAGAGGAUCAUCAUCCUCAUCAUUUGAAUGGAACCAGUACAACUCAGGUUAUGGCAGAUAUGCAUUCCACAAUGGUUCCUCCACUGAAUGCACAUGAAAUGGCUGCAAAAAUGCUAGCUAAUGCGUCAUUGCCUGCAAAUUCUAACGCUCUGGCCCAAUAUAAUCCGCUUUUAUUGGCCAUGUUGCAGCCGUUGGCACUUCAACAAUUAUUGCAGGCACAAGCCUUGCAGCAACAGUACAUGUUACAACAUCAAGCAUUAGCACAACAGCAAAUGGAAGCUCAAGCUUUAUGGGCGUCGUCAAGUAUUUCGGCCAGUCCUGCGCAUGCAUCUGAUAGCGAGGUGUCGGAAGUCUCAGAACUGUCCCCAGUACCGCAAACGGGGAUGACGAUGCGUCCGCAUUCGCCGCCAUUUAAGGAUCCGCAUCAACUUGCCGACAAGUCCCUAUUGAGGCUAUUAAACCUUAAUCAGCUAUCGGAAAAGGAACAAAUGGCAGUGGCUGUCUUGGCUGGCCACCGUGACAAUCCGAAACUGAAUACCGGUUCCCCAUCAAUUUCUUGUAUCGCAUUAGCGUUCUAUAAUCAACGGCUUUUCCUUUUGUCAAAUUUUCCUCUAGAUGGGGAAGUGCCGAAGAAAUAUGGAAAGAACUAUCUAAAACCAAACCCUAACUCGGCACAUGUUAUUGAAGGUGAAGCACCAGAAACCGAUGACGAAAAUGAUGUAGAUGGUUCAUCAACAUCAUCAACUCAACAGGACGAUGCAGCAAUGCCACCGCAGUAG